AUCCAACUCAGUUUGAAACAAAACAGUGAAAAAAGGGGUUCCCACGUCACACGUCAUGCCCCACGAUCAUCAUCAACUCUUUAUUCAAAACUUUUAUUACGGCAAAUCCUCCUACAAUCAGUAAUCCCAAAUUCAAAUACAAUUCGUUUGUAAACUGUAAAAAUCAAAAAGUGAAAAAACAAACGUCAAAUUCUUCACCAGCAAACAAAAUUACGUACAAUUCUUAUUUUUCUUUUUCUUUUUGAAAUUUUCUUAAGUUUGGGUUCCGAAAUUCCCAAUAUACACACACGCACUUCUGUUUCUUCUCUUUCUUUCUCCCUUCGUUUUAAAUUUUUUCAAACCUUCAAAUCCGGUCUGCUCUUCUCACCGGAACCCUAAAACGUUCCCCCAAAUCGGUUUACGCACCAGAUCGAGGGUUUCGUGUAUUGGCGUAAUUUGGUCGGAUCUACACCGGAGUUGAAGAAGCUGCUUUUUAUUGUAUAUUGUUGUUGUUAAGAUUCGAGGAGGAGAUUGAUCGGAGUGUUUUUGUUUCAUUGGUUAAGAAGAGAUGGACGCGAUCGAGGAGUUGUCGCAGCUCUCGGAUUCGAUGAGGCAAGCUUCCGCGUUGCUAGCUGAUGAGGAUGUUGACGAAUCGACUUCGUCUAGACGCCCUUCUACUUUUCUCAAUGUCGUCGCCCUGGGUAACACCGGUGCAGGUAAAUCAGCUGUAUUAAACAGUUUAAUUGGGCAUCCUGCAUUGCCUACUGGUGAAGGUGGUGCUACCCGGGCUCCUAUAUGUAUUGACUUGGCUAGGGAUGGCUCUUUGAACAGUAGAUCAAUUGUUUUGCAAAUUGACAGCAAAUCACAGCCAGUUUCUGCAAGUGCUCUUCGACAUUCUUUACAAGAUAGACUGAGCAAAAUCUCAGGCAAAAGUCGUGAUGAGAUUUAUUUGAAGCUACGAACAAGUACAGCUCCUCCAUUGAAAUUAAUUGAUUUGCCUGGAGUGGAUAAGGGGAAUCUUGACGACUCGUUGGCAGAAUAUGCUCAACAUAAUGAUGCAAUUUUGCUGGUUGUAAUACCGGCAACACAGGCACAAGAAGUUGCGUCAGCCAAAGCUAUUAGACUUGCAAAGGAGUAUGAUGGAGAAUGUACUAGAACCGUGGGUGUUAUUAGUAAAAUAGAUCAAGCAGCUUCAGAUCCGAAAGUCCUUGCAGCUGUUCAGGCUCUUUUGUUGAAUCAAGGACCAAGAAGUACAGCUGAUAUUCCAUGGGUAGCAUUAAUUGGUCAAUCCGUGUCCAUUGCCUCUGCCCAGUCAGGAAGAGAUGGAGCUGAUAACUCACUAGAAACUGCUUGGCGUGCUGAGAGCGAAAGCCUUAAGUCUAUAUUGACUGGUGCUCCACAGAGCAAGCUUGGUAGAUUAGCUUUAGUAGAGACCUUGUCUCACCAAAUUCGUAACCGAAUGAAAGUUAGACUACCAAGUCUUCUAUCAGGCCUUCAGGGGAAGUCUCAAGUUGUGCAGGAUGAACUAUUUAGGCUCGGGGAACAGAUGGUUGAUAGCGCCGAAGGUACAAAAGCCUUAGCUUUGGAGCUCUGCCGUGAAUUCGAGGACAAGUUUCUCCAGCAUAUAACAAGUGGAGAGGGUGACGGUUGGAAAGUUGUUGCUAGUUUUGAGGGAAACUUUCCUAACAGAAUAAAGCAACUUCCUCUAGAUCGCCAUUUUGAUAUCAACAAUGUUAAAAGAAUUGUUCUUGAGGCAGAUGGUUAUCAGCCUUACCUUAUUUCUCCAGAAAAAGGUUUAAGAUCUUUGAUUAAGAUCGUUUUAGAAAUGGCAAAAGAACCUUCAAGACUCUGCGUUGAUGAGGUGCAUCGUGUACUUGUUGAUAUUGUAUCAGCAGCUGCCAAUGCUACUCCAGGUCUUGGCAGAUAUCCUCCUUUUAAGCGAGAGGUUGUACAAAUUGCCACGGAUGCUUUGGAUGGGUUUAAGGGUGAGGCAAAGAAGAUGGUUGUCGCUCUUGUUGACAUGGAGAGAGCAUUUGUUCCCCCUCAACAUUUCAUCCGUUUGGUGCAGAGACGAAUGGAUAGACAACGAAGGGAGGAAGAGCAGAAAAUACGGUCUAAAAAGCCAGUUGAUGCUGAGCAAUCAAUAUUGAAUAGGGCUACUAGUCCUCAAACUGGGAGUCAACAAUCUGGCGGGAGCCUAAAGUCUAUGAAGGAUAAAUCUGGACAGGACAAAGAAGAAGGGCCAGCCUUGAAAACUGCCGGGGCCGAGGGAGAGAUAACAGCAGGAUUUUUGUUGAAAAGAAGUGCCAAGACAAAUGGAUGGAGUAGGAGAUGGUUUGUGUUAAAUGAAAAAACUGGAAAGCUUGGAUACACUAAAAAACAAGAGGAGCGGCAUUUCCGUGGGGUGAUUACUUUAGAGGAAUGUAACCUCGAAGAAGUCGAAGAUGAUGAGGCUCCACCCCCGUCAUCCAAAAAGGAUAAGAAGGCGGCAAAUGGACCAGAUGCUCCAAAACCACCUAGUCUUGUAUUCAAGAUUACAAGCAGGGUCCCAUACAAAACGGUUCUAAAAGCUCACAGCGCGGUGGUUCUAAAAGCUGAGAGUAUGGCGGAUAAGACUGAGUGGUUGAACAAAUUGAGGGCUGUUAUUAGCGCAAAAGGUGGCCAAGUGAAGGCUGAGUCUGGUCCUCCGCUUCGCCAAAGUCUUUCUGAUGGAUCUCUUGAAACUAUGACGAGAAGGCCUGCUGAUCCAGAAGAAGAACUUCGGUGGAUGGCUCAAGAAGUACGUGGGUAUGUUGAAGCUGUACUCAACAGUCUUGCUGCCAAUGUCCCGAAAGCUGUUGUGCUUUGUCAAGUAGAGAAAGCAAAAGAAGACAUGCUCACAAAGUUGUACAGUUCUAUCAGUGCCCAAAGUAACACAAGGAUUGAAGAGCUGCUUCAGGAGGACCAAAACGUAAAACGCAGAAGGGAACGUUUCCAAAAACAGUCUUCUCUUCUUUCAAAGCUGACGAGACAGCUCAGUAUUCAUGACAAUAGAGCUGCUGCUGCAAGCUACUCAAAUGGCAGUGGAGCAGAAAGUAGUCCCACAUCUGCUGGGCCUUCAUCUGGUGAUGAGUGGAGAACUGCUUUUGAUGCUGCAGCCAAUGGCCCUAGUGAUUAUGGCGAUUCUUCAAGAUAUGGAAGCAAUGGUCACAGCCGCAGGUACAGUGACCCUGCUCAAAAUGGUGAUGCAAACACAAAUUCCAGCUCUGGCCGCCGAACAACUCCUAACCGAUUGCCGCCUGCACCGCCGUCUUCCGGUUCUGGUUAUAGAUUCUAGACUUAGACACAAAUUGAGACACAAUGAUUCUUUGUUACUCGGGUGGCUAUUUAUAUAUAUACCCUGUUAUUGUUGAGCUUCUGAGCUCAAUUCGAUGUUAUAAUAGUUUUUGUAGAAUUGGUUCUAUACGAGGACGUGCCUUUGUAGAUAGAUGUCUCUUCUAUUAACUGUGCUUUUUUGACAAUUAUGAUUUGCAGUUGCUGGAUUUUUUAUGCGUACUGGCAGUACUCUUGAGUGUCGAACUUCUAUAAUUCUCAUUGGUUGGUAUGGAACAGAUUUAUUCUAUUUGUUCUUUUUCCGAACAUUGUAUUCUUUCUGCCAUUUUUCUUUUUGUCACUGAAGAUAGUCUUUUAUUUGCUUGUCAUCUUGGGAUUUCAAAGUACGAGUUACUCAUUUGAGUUUUGGGCUUCUCAGUUAGUUCUUAUUGGAAUUCAUUACAUGGUGGGAUAAUAUUUCAAUGUAUUUUUAAUCUAAGAAAGCA